AUGGGCGCGUCGGGCGGCGAGGCGGAGGCAGAGGCAGAUGGGCUGGGCGGGUGGUUUGAUGAGGAAAUUAUUCUUCGCAAGAGCUUCGUCGGCGCUGCCUCUCGCACGGCAGCACAGCAGCAGCCCAGCCCGGCCCUGGCGGCGCGCCAAUCACACGCGUGCGCCGCCACACCACCGCUCCAGCCUCGCCCUCGUCCUGUGGCGGCGCGCGGGCGCGGGGCUUCGACUGCCUGCCUGCCUGCCUGCCUGACUACCUGA